ACAUUCUCUCUCUCUCUCUCUCUCUCUCUCAACUUCUCCAGGGCAGUCUCCUCCAUUGGUGCUCCAGGAUGGCAAACUCAGAAGCGAAGAAAGGCACAAAAGAUGGAGAAGAAGCUUCAGUGACUUUAAACCUUAAGACUUCGGUAUUGAGAGUCUCUAUCCACUGCGAAGGGUGCAAGCGCAAAGUCGAAAAGGUUCUAAAAAAGAUUCAAGGUAUUUACAAGACGGAGAUCGACCUAAAGCAACAAAUGGUCACUGUCACCGGGAACAUAGACGCAGACACUUUGAUCAAGAGACUCGGAAAAAAAGGCAAGAAGGCAGAGCUGUGGCCUCAAAAGCCCCAAGAGCCAGUUAAAGCCAAGAACAAAGAGAGAAAAAGUGACCCAAAUAGUCCUAAAGAGCCCCAAAAAGAGAGAGAGUGUGUGAAAACCGACGCACCAGACCAGGACCAAAGUGCCAAAGUGAACAGCGAAGGCAGUGGCAAAGAGGCUAGUAAAGAAAAAGCAACCCAGGACGGUGAACCAGCAACCGACGGCGCCGGUGCCGAAACGAAAGAAGUGAGGCGGGAGGGGGAGGGGAAUGGGACCGCAUCGGAUGGUGACCGGUCGGCGGCUGAGAAGCAGCCGGUUGUUGGUGAGAGUGAGGGUGGCGAGGAGAAAAGUGGCAGCAAUGGCAUUGCUGGUAAAAAGAAGAAAAAGCAAGGGCAAAACGGGAAGAAUGCGGAAGGAGGAGAGGGUGCACGCUCCGGUGAAGCACCAGCGAGCACUGGAUCAGGAUCCGAGGAACGCAAGAUUCAUGGUCAAGGUCCAAAGCCUAAUGCGGCGGAUUGCAGCCGUCCACGUCAGCAAGCCGGUCAACAUCCGGCUCCGCCACAUUCUAACGAUGGGCCCGCCGGCCCGAGGUCUCAGCACGAGGGGGAGGGUCAAGGUUCAACUGUAGUGUCACCUGAUCAUGCCGCUCCACGUCAUCACGAGCACCGGUACCGGCCGCAACACCAUGCACCUCCGGCGCACGCAGUCAGUCACAACGCCGUGCCUCCUACAAUUGCGGUUAGUUACCACGCUGUGAAUCCUAGCUACACCGUUAGUUACCACACGGGGAACCCAAGCACCUCCUAUGCCGCGUCGCAUUACACCCCAAACCCGCCGCCGCACUCUCAUGCUUACGUGCAUCCGGGCAUGGAGGAGGAACGGCCACCGUACUACUCGAGCGCCCAUCAUCUGCAGCCGGACCACACGGCAAAUCCUAGCACCUCCUAUGCCGCAUCGCAUUACGGCCCAAACCCUUAUGCUUAUGUGCAUCCAGGCACGGAGGAGGAACGCCCGCCGAAUUAUUUGAGCGCCUAUCACUUGCCACCGCCCGAUUCGUUCGAGAUGUUCAGCGACGAGAACCCGAAUGCUUGCUCGAUUAUGUGAUGAGUUGUGCUAAUAAGAAAAACUAUGGAGCUAGUCGAGAUUAUUCGGGAUAGGAGCUUAUACUUCUUGUGUAAGAAUAUAGGAACGUGUUGUAACUUGGUAAUUGUAAGGGGACACGAGGGAGAGACCACUUCAUUUUGAGUUAGGAAAAAUUGUAAGUUGUCUUAGUUUAAGAAAAGUUCUGGUUAGUGAGUCCCUUUGUUCUACCAUGUUUGAUAAUAACUUUUGUGUUAAUCACGACUUAGCUUCCUGGGAA